GCGGGUCCCAGCCACCCCCCCGCGCCGCCUUCGGGGCACCGGCGCUCGGGACGCUGCCUCGCUCGGCGCUGGAUGCCGCCCCGGAGAGAAAGGCGGAGACCCGAGAGCGGGGUGACCCCGCGGUUUGUGGGAUGAAGGGAGCUUGACGCCUGCCCGGAGAGGAGACCUCCCCACAACCCUCACGGAGCUGCCCACCAUGAGCAGGGUGCUGCUGGCCGGCAGGAUGCAGCCGGAGAGCCGGAAUGUCUGCGUCUUCCUGCCCACCCGGGAGCAGUUCAGCCUAGUCGUCGGGGUUAAAGCCACCGGACAGGAGCUCUUUCAGCAAGUUUGUGAUUUAGUGAAGAUUAAAGAGCCUCACUUCUUUGGCCUCAGCAUUGUUAAAAAUAAUGAAUAUGUUUUUAUAGACCUGGAGCAGAAGCUUAGUAAAUACUUUUCAAAGGAAUGGAAGAAAGAGACCACCAAAGGAACAGAGAAAUUCAGCCCUCCUUUUGUUGCAUUCUUCAGAGUGCAAUACUAUGUAGAAAAUGGAAGAGUGAUAAGUGAUAAGGUGGCACGGCAGCUCUACUACUGCCAUCUCAAAGAGCAAGUACUUAUGUCUCAUUGCAACCACAAAGAAGAAAUCUACUUCUUGCUGGCUGCCUACAGCUUACAGGCAGACUUGGGCAACUACAGAGAGAAGGUCCAUGCUGGCAAAUACUUUGAACCUCAGGCUUAUUUCCCACAAUGGAUAAUUGCAAAGAGAGGGAGUGACUACAUCUUGAAACAUGCCCCAGAGAUGCACCGAGAACAAGAAGGGCUGAGCGCUAAAGAAGCAGUACUGAAGUUCAUUAAGGAGUCCUGCCUACUGGAAGAUGUGCCUGUCCACUUCUACAGGCUGCAGAAGGAUAAGAAGGAGGAUCGCCCAACUGUUAUCCUGGGCCUGACCCUGAGAGGAAUGCACAUCUAUCAGGAGGUGAACCAUGUUCGCCAGCUCCUCUACGACUUUCCCUGGUCACACAUUGGGAAGCUGGCGUUUCUGGGGAAAAAAUUUGAGAUCCAGCCAGAUGGUUUGCCCUCUGCACGGAAAUUGGUUUACUACACAGGUUGCCCCUUCAGGUCACGGCACUUGUUACAGCUCCUCAGCAACAGCCACCGGCUCUUUCUGAAUAUCCAGCCAGUGUUGAAGCAGAUCCAAAAACUGGAGGAGGCUGAAGAGAAGAAGCGCUACCGAGAGUCCUAUAUCAGUGACACACUAGACAUAGACCUGGACCCGUGUGAUAAGAACUCACGGGGCAGUGGGAGCAGCGGGGGCAGCCAGCGGGAUAACCGUCUCUCACGACAGUCCACGGGCAGUCAUGGCAGCUCUCACACAUCGGGCAUUGAGGCUGACUCCAGGCACCGAGUGUCCGUGGAAAUGUCAGUGGAUGAGCCCUUCAGCAUUGACCGAAUACAUAGGAAAGAGAAAUCCUGCAGCUCAACCAUCAGCUACGGUAGCUCUGGCAUUGACAGUGGCAGCAAAGGACGGGCUGAAGACGACUCUCAGGAUGAUGAGCUUGAGCUGGCAGUAGAUGAGCCAGAGGAGGUGCCUGUAGAUGAGCCUUUAGAGGGAGACCAGUUAGACGAGGCCAUUAUGGGAGAAUCUGUUGACUCUCUUCCUCUAGAUGCUGCUAGCUGCCAAGAUGUAAAUCAGGAAUCACUGUCUGUGGUGCAAGUCACGCUAAUAAAAAUGAGAGGUCGAAGUGUGGAAUCCCUUCACCAGGUUGGAUCACCCAAAAGUAGGAGCUGCACGGACCAGCAUAGCCAGAGUUUGGAUGACAUCCGCCUUUACAAGCACCAGCACCCACCACUAAGUGCCACGCUGUCUUCAGACACAUCCCACAGCUAUACAUUUGGCUGCAGCCUGGAGGAUAAGCUGUCUAUCUAUGGCUGCGUUUAUUCCACAGCAGACUGCAAAACCAAGUCCGCCCUUUACGGGAAGCGAUCUAUGAACUGCCUCUCUUUGGAUCUUCUGGGAGAGGACCAGCUCCCAGAGGAAUUUGUGGUGUAAUGAGAUUUGGAGCAUUUCCAUACCAGGAAAUAGCUCAUCAUGGAAAUAUAUACCUCAUUAACACAUGUGAUGUCACUGUGGUUCUUGCAAGAGAUUGCAAGCGGCUUUGUUUUUCAGCUCCAUAAUCAGUAAGUGGCAUCACUUCUGCAGACCUGACUACAGGGCAAAUCAACUGUGGUGUAGCACUUAACAUUGGCAUUUGAAGUGUCUGCCUGAGCAGAAAAAUGGAAGUGGCCUGCACCAUUAGCAGUGACACAACCAACGUAAACCAAAAACUGGACCAAAACUGAUGCUGAGGUAGUAAAGCAAACACUGUAUCUAAACGGAUUUAUCAGAAACAAAUUUAAAGUCUAUGUCAAUUUAUCUUCCUGCCUUUCUCUUGUGGUCCACUUAUGUUCAUGCUAGUGUACAGGUAGUUUGGUUGUCUUGAGUUUGUGCUGCUGCAAUACUGCCAACAGCUGUCAGGUCAGGAUAUACUCUGAGCACAUUUGGAGGGCUGUGUAUGGAAGUGUCUAGCCUGUUCCUGUUGUAAUGAACACAAGUUGCCUAUUAGCUUUACUGGGAGCAAGAUCUGCUCUGCCAGGCGUUUAUUUCUCUUUCUGUUGUUUUGUUCUAAGCAUCCAGCCAAAUACAAUGUGUGGUGGUCUUUUUUUUUUUUUUUUUUUAAUUGCAACAAAUGGAAGUGUCUCUCAGCUGUCUACUGCUGUCGUUAUACUGAUUAGUAAAUAAAGCUUAUAUCCUUGGGGAGAUGGGGAAAGGGCUAAAACAAGUGACUCUGCUGCUUCUGAGAGUACAGCAGACAGACAGGUUAAGAGUGUUAAUUUACUGGCUGUUGAAGACAGGAGUGUGACUGGAGAAUUUGUCCAGGCAUGAUCACCCCUUACUUUGAAUCAUACUUUUAUGUUGUUCUUUUCUUUGUUUUAAAUAAAUCUGUCCCUUAGACUUUUUUCCUCUGCUUAGGAGGCAAGGAUGAACUGGAGAAAGUCACUUUGGAAGGACAGACAGAGUGACUGUGUCCAACUUAGUCAUACAUAGGUCAUGCAAAUAUGAGUGUGUGGUGUUGCAGGGCUGGUGAUGGUGAAAGCAUAGGGUGUUUGUGUGCCAAACUAAGGGUACUUGUUUGGCGAUGUUGAGUGGUGGAGCUGGCUGCAUUUGCUCUCACUAGUAAAUAAUGAUAAUUAUGCUGUUUGAUUUAAACAUUUGGUGUGGAAAACAUCCUGCUACUUUGUUACAUCCAAAUAAAUGUAUGCUUAUUUUAUUUUUUUCCCCCAUCUUCCACCAGUACCUCCUUCCCUCAUCAAUUCCCAGCAUUUGGGAAGCUUGUACUUACAGUCACGUGUAACCAGUGCCCAGCUUUUCACAACCUUGCAGAUGGGAGCUAAUAAUUUUUUGGCAAACACUAGAAGUAGUCUGAUGCUAUUGUGCUGGCUGAGGAAGUGUGUGUUGUGCAGUAUUGAUCACUCAAAAGCUGAAGAUGGCUGAAUUCAGGAAUAGAAGGAAACCAUACCAUGGUCAGGAGGGUUCGAACUGCUUCUUUGAUUAUAGGCUUGUUGGAUUAGCAGUUGCUGUCUGGUAAAUUGUGUUCCCCUAAACUGUUAAAAUAGCAAAGUCUGUCAUCUCACUAUUUCUGUGCAAGUGAGUAUGGUGUGGAGACAGCAUACAGGUGCAGAUUGAAGUGGCAUCGGUGGCUGUACAUCCUCUGAGAUUAAUCUAGCACCAAACACUAGCUGUGUGUUUGAGGAAUGAAUGAUGGGCACAAGCUCACUGUAGCCACAACUUAAUUUACCAUUUUACCAUGCCCUCUUUGAGUGCACUGUUGUUUUGGUUUUUUGGUUUCUUUUUUUUUUUUUUUUUCUGUAGUGACCAAUUAGGACCUGUGUGUUCACUGUAGCCUCUUGUCCUUUCGUCCAAGCAAAGCCAAAAUGCCUUUACAGAGUACUUCAGGUAUGGUUAAUGCAUCCAAAAUGAACUCGCCUAAAUAGAUGUAAGAGCGUAAAGGAAAUCUGACUACACCUAAGCAGUCAGUCAUGCCCCCUACUGUUAGUUGGGGCCUGUUUGGCCAUAAGCUGUGUAAGACAGGCAUGGCCAAGAUCCAGGAUACCAGUGGCCGUGCUGGUUUUUGCAGCUGCCACAGAGCUGGAGGGAUGGCUCUUACUGCUGCAGUGCCCAUCUGUCUAUGGAAAAGGUGAGGGGAGUUCGGAGUAACAGUCCUGCUAGCCUGUUGCUCUCCCACCUGUGCAGACGUACAGGUACUUGUGGUUCUGGCAAUGGUUGUUAGCAGGGGAAAAAAAAGAUCAAAAUUCAGCAGGUAUAGAUAUUUGAAAGGUGUCAUAAAACAUGGGUACACCAUGCACUCACAUUUGUGCAUGCUUGUGUCAAAGACAAUCACAUUCAUAGCUGCUUCACCCUAACCACCUUACUGAAGUGUUCACUGCCACCACACAGGCUGUCAUUUUCUUUUUUCAGUUAGCAGACAUUCAGUGGAUUUGGUGAAAUGCUGUAUAAUCCUGCUGUUGCUGGUUACAAAAUACACCAAUGCCUGUAAACAGUGUAAUUGGCUCUUGCAUGAGCAUCCACUGCCUUGUUUGUACAUGGGGGUUUCUUGUAUUUAUUCACGGCUGGUGGGAAGGUAAACUUCAGGUCUGACUGUCUUCUCUCAGUGGUCUACACAGCUCCCUCCAGUACUUUAAGUUACAUAUGCAUAUGAAGGGGAGACUGGACACUUUUGUGCGUAGACUGAGAAUGAAUUAAUAUCUUAUAAGCACUGUGAAUAUCUAUUAUGCAAAUUUUUGUAUUCAUAUGGAAAAAAACCCACAAAACCUGUUCCUGUUAGUAAUAGAUAUAGGUUUUUGUUUGUCUUUGGAUUUAGGUCUCUUAUUUUGGGGUUUGAUAGUUUAGUAGAGGGUAAUGUGUAAGCAUUUAUCAGCUGAUGUUAGAAACUAGCUGCCAAUAUUUGUAUAUAUUUGUAAAAUACUUGUGGUAUAAUCACUAUUUUAAUGGUAAAAGUUUCUCCUUUCUAUGAAAGGAAUUUCUUGUUUGAAAUAAAGUAUAAAUAAUUAUAUGUACACCUGCAAUAAAGUCU